AUGGCGGCGGGAGGCGUGUGGGUGUUCCGGAAGGACGGGGUGAUGGAGCUGGAGCGGCAGGAGAGCUCGCCGGCGACGAGCCGACGCGGCAAGGCGCUGGUGUACGUGCCGGCGAACGAGACGAUGCGGUCGCUGGAGGCGCUGGAGCGGCGGCUGGGGUCGCUGGGCUGGGAGCGCUACUACGAGAACCGAGACCUCGUGCAGCUCCACCGGCGCGACGGCGGCGUCGACCUCAUCGCGCUCCCGCGAGACUUUGCGCGGCUUCGCUCCACCCACAUGUACGACGUCGUCGUCAAGAACCGGCAUCAAUUCAAGGUUGUCGACAUCUGA